AUGAGUUAUAAUAACUACGAUAGGGUACCAGCAAAUCCAAAAAGAUAAUAGGACAUCACAGAGGAAGAUGAUAAGUUUAAUAGAAAUAUAUAAAGAGAAACACCUUGUAAAGAGUCAGAAGAUGAGAAAUACAUUAUUCUUGAAAGUCAAAUCGCUGGUGAUAGUGCUUAGAAAACUUAUAAAUGCUAGAUGAAUGAAAAUAAUGAAAGAAUAGGAUUUGUUAAAGUUUAUAAUAAAAAUAAAUUAGAGUUGUACUCAAAUGGAAAAUUAGUAAUUUAGCGUGCACGCCAUUCAAUAGACAUAUUAUAGAAUUUUAGUAGACAGUCAGCGAAUUGGAUUCCUCAGUUGUUAAAUCACUAAGAAGACGAUGAUAAUAUUGAAAUCAUAACAGAGUAUGUUUAGGAUAAUAUUAAUGAAAUGAUAGAGCAAAAGUAAAUCUACUCAGAAAAUGAUGCAAUAUAUUUGAUGAAAUGCAUUUUAAUGAGUUUAAAUGAAAUGCAUAAUAUAAAAAAUGUUUUCAAUGCUGAAGAAUGCUAUUUAAAUAUUGCUAUUCAUCCUAAGUUCUUGCUUUUUAAACAGUAAAAUGGAUUGCUCAGUGAUGCUAAAAAAGAUAUUAUCCUUUUUUCAAAUGCUGGAGAUCUAUUUUAAGAAGAAGAUUUAAAGAAAAAGAAUACUAAAGAGAUAGAAUAACUUAUAAAGAUAAAUGAAUAUAUUGCUCCUGAAACUCUUAAGCACAAGAAGAUAACUCAGCAAUCUAAUUUAUGGAGUGUUGGAUGUAUAUUUUAUGAAAUGCUUUUUAACGAAAAGUUCAUGGAAAUAAAUGCAGAAAAAGCUAGUACAAAAGAAGGGUUGAGUGAAUAUUACUAAUAAGUUAAAUACUCUAGUGAGACAUUAAGAUCAACACUUAUUUGUAAAAGUACAACUAUUUCAAAUUUUAGUAUUACUUGUCUUCUAGGAUUAUUGGCCUUCCACGAAAAAGACCGCUACAACUGGGAGUAAGUCAAAAAGAAUAUAUUUUCUUUAGAUUUAACAAAAUCAAUAGACGAAUAUGAUACAAAGGGCACCAAUCAUUCUUAUGUGUCAAAUAAUAAUACUUGGGCAAAUCGCAAAUUAGCUAAUGAAAAUUAUUAAAAAAGAUAGGCAUUUAACACUAGUAAUGUUUAUAUGAGCUUUACUGAUAAUUCAGUUAUUUUAGAUUAACAUUACGAAUAAAUGAGUAAUUCAAUAUACUAAAAAAGCUAAAACAAAUCUUAAUUGAAACAAAGUGCUAUCAGCAACACCAACUCUUAAUUUAAUGCAAGCUAGAAUAUAAGGACAAUUAAAAAUGAAGAAGAUUUUUUAAAGUAGUCUUUUAUGAAUGGUGUCAUGAAAAAAUCACUGAUCAAAGCGAAUCCCAGAAAUGAAAAUUCGUAUAUUGAGUAUAUGAAAAAGGAUUAAAAGGAUGAAACAGUCAAAUCUUAAAUAAAUGAUAAUCAAGUGUUAAAUAUCAUAUCCUCAUUUUCUCACAAUGGAGUCUAGGCUAAUUGUAAUAACUUAGCUUAAUUUAGUUAACUCAAUCACAAUAAUUCUUUUACUGAAGAUGUCUUUUAUGAAGAUGAUGAAAACCUAAAUGUAGCUGCAGACAAAUCUAUUACUAAAUCUGUGAUUAAAUAAAGCAACUUUUUGGGCAAAUCUGAUUUAAAUAAGAGUAAUUUAAGUUAUACAAAUAGCAAUAAAACAAUUAGCUACAAUUUUAGUUGUAAUACAAAUAACUAAUAGAUUAGCAAAGAUGGUAACAGUAAAGUUAAUAAAAAUAACGAAUCUUUACUUCAAAAAAGUAGUGCAAGCAAUAAAAGUGGUAUAUAUAAAUAUUAACUUUAGAUGCCAAAAUACAGCGAAUUGUAAUAAGAAGAAGUCUAAAAAAAUAAAACAUAAGAUCAACAAGUGAACAAAUCCUAACACUUAGAAAAUAAUAGCAAUAUCUCUGAUAAUAAAUCUUUAUUUAAGCAUAUUGAAUAGCACAAGUUAAAUUAGUAAAAAAAAUUUUGUCCACUUUUAGACUAGUACGAUUCCUCUCAUAAGAGUGAUUCGAAUGCAGUUGAAAGCUCGGGAGAUUUUACUGGUUUUGACUUUUUAGAUAAAUUAAUGGCAUAACGUGAUGCCUUCAAUCCUGACAUCGAUUUAAAUUCUAAUCGCUCUGAUGUAUCUUCUAAUCCAAGCAAUUUAAAAUAAAUUCCUUUAGCAAACCCAAGAAAUGAAGUAAAAAAUGCAAACGAUUUAAACAGUAAUAUAGAAACAUAAAAAAUAUAAUAAAAUAAUUAACAAGCACUUUCAAUACAUGAUCUCUCCCAUUCUCCUUAUAAUAAAAAUACUGUAAAAAUGAGCCAAAAUAAUCUUCAUAAGAGUGGUAGUCUUGAUAUCUCUUCAAAAACUCUUUAAAUGAAAAAUCCUAAUGGUACAAAAAGUAAAGUAGUUUCAGAGUCUAAGAAUGAUUAAUCGAUUUGUAAGAGCGAAAAUAACAAAAAUCCUCAAAUAGUUUACUCUGUAGUGCCUACACCAUCUUAAUCCUAAAUAAAUAUACAGAUCACUGCAGCUGGCACUAAUAAGCAAUUUUUAUCAGUUUAGAAUGAGGAGUAGUAAUAAUUUAAAAAUGCAUCUGCAAACAAACAACGUGAAGAAGGAGGAGGUAUGUAGGAAGUGUAUAGUAGAUUUAUUAAUGCUAGCGAUUUAAAAAUUAAACUAUAGCAUAUGCAACAAAAUAAUUGUGAUGAAAACGGAUAAUUUUUAUUUGAUCAAGAACCAAUAGAAGGAUUUGACGAUAGUCAAUCAGAAAACGGACUCAAAACUCCUUAAUAGAAAGAAAAAAUUUUUGAUGAAUUAGUUAGUUAAGAUGAAAUAGCUUGCUCUUAUAUGCUUAAUACAAAAAUGAGAAAUCGCAUGGGAUUAAAUUUAAGUCAUCUCUAAAGAGCUUUCUCAGAUUAACCUUAAUAUCAAGCAUAUGGAGAGGCUUACCAAGAAAUAUCAGGCAAUCAAUCAUUUACUUCUGCAGUUGGAUAUGAAAAAUCCGUUUACUAUGAUCAGAAAAACCAAAUGCUUGUUUAAAAAGAGAGAAAGAGUUCGCUUGUGCGCUCUUAAACAGUAAGCGUAGCAAAUCCCCCUAUUCAACUACUGAAAGAUACUAUCCUCAAAGAUUAAUAUAAACCAUUUAACUAAAAUGAGGAACUCUUUGUGUUCUCCUCCUUCCUUGAUCCUUUUGAAUUCAAAAUAUAAAGCUAUUUUUAAAUAGUUUUAUAAAAAACAGAAGAAAUAUUCAAACAUUUUAACAACGAAGAAUGCUUAAACUGCGUCCUUGUAGUUCUUAGCUUAUUCAGAGUUCGUUUGUACAACCUUAUCUUUAGGUAGUUAACUGAAUAAGCAAAAAAGAACUGUGAUGAUUCAAAUAAAUAAUAAACAGAUUAAAAAAGCUAAGAUUACUUUUAGUUAACCUAAUCAAUAAAAUAAGAAAUGAAGGAAAAAAUAACUUCAGACAAAAAUAUUAAAAAGCUGGACCAAUUAAUUAUGCAAUUUUUGAAAAGAAGCACCUUAGAGAAGGGAAGAGAUUUAAUAGAACCUCAUAUCUAUGGAAUUUAUAGAAAACACUUAUUUGCAUUCUAUAAUUUUUUAAAUAAAAAGAUUUAUGAUAGCUAAUCUGAAGCUAAAAAAGAAUUGAAGCUUCCUUACGAUAAAUUAAUCCAAAUGAGUAGAUUAGGGUAUCACAUUCUUAUUCUUUCUCAUUAUCAAAAGGUGUUUAAAUUGUACUUUAAAGAGUUAUUUACAUAACAAGAAAAUAGUUCAAUAAGUAAUCUCUACUAAUUCAUAGAAGAAAAAAUUGCAUACAUGGAUUUAUUUUAACUUCAAAAGGAAAAAAACAACAUAAAAAGCUUUUUAAACAUCAAACAACAUAAUUAAAUCUCAUAAGCCUUACCUCAAUCUUCUUCUCCAUUAAAUAAGCAUAAAACAUGUAGGCCACCUGCACAACCAAUUAACAAAAAUAAGAUGGAAUAAGUAAACAAACAAUCUAUUCUCAUUUGA